AAAAUAUAAAAAAAAGAUACACCAACACAAUGUCGCUUCUUGCCCGCGCCAAAGAUCUGGCGCUGAAUCCAGACCACACCCGAUGGAUAACACCUCUCCUCCUCGUCGCCGACGCAGCCCUCAGCGGCGUGAUAAUCGAGAAAAUACCGUAUACAGAGAUAGACUGGUCAACCUACAUGCAGCAAAUCGCCAUCUACCUCAAAGGCGAGCGCGACUACAAGCUCAUCUCCGGGUCUACGGGUCCACUCGUGUAUCCCGGUGCCCAUGUAUGGAUCUACAAGCAUCUGUACAAGUGGACGGAUGAGGGGCGGAAUAUUGCGCUUGCGCAGUAUAUUUUUGCAGUCGUGUAUUUGAUGACGCUUGCGCUUGUGAUGCAGUGUUACCGAAAGGCUAGGGUACCCCCGUAUAUUUUCCCACUGCUCAUCUUGUCAAAGCGGCUACAUAGCAUUUUCAUGCUGCGUUGCUUCAAUGAUUGCUUUGCUGUGUUGUUCUUCUGGUUGGCGGUUUACUGCUAUCAGCGCGACCAGUGGCAUUUGGGAAGCGCGUUGUAUAGCACGGGGCUGAAUGUGAAGAUGACUCUGCUUUUACCGCUGCCGGCAAUGGGAAUGUUGAUGGUGAUGAAGCUGGGUGGGAGGGAGGCAUUGACCCAGGCUAUGAUUAUUGGACAGAUCUCCGUUCUAUGGGGCUAUCCCUUCAGGAAACGCGCACCCAGCUACUUUGCUCGUGCUUUCGAACUCAGCCGGGCCUUUCUUUACAAAUGGACCGUAAACUGGCGUUUUGUGCCAGAGUCUACUUUCCUAUCCCUGCCUUUCGCCCUUAGUCUGCUCGGCCUGCAUGUUGUUCUUCUGCUCUGGUUUGCACGAACCCGCUGGAUCAAACCAUCCAAGCGCAACGUCCGGGAAUUCCUCAAGCUCUGCCUUCCCGUCCUUGAGCCUAGAGACCAGGACACCAUGUCCAGCAAAAUCACGCCAGACUUCAUCAUGACGGGUAUGCUGACUGCGAUGACGAUUGGUCUCCUUUGUGCAAGAAGCCUGCAUUACCAGUUCUAUGCGUAUAUUGCAUGGUCGACGCCUUUCUUGCUGUGGAAAGCAGGAUUCAAUCCAGUUGUUGUCUAUGCGCUAUGGAGUGCACAAGAGUGGGCAUGGAAUGUAUAUCCGAGUACUCCGGCAAGUUCGGCGACAGUGGUAGGGGUUUUGGCGGUCACAGUCGCGGGUGUAUGGUGGGGGACAAGGAAGGAAUACGAGGGCGUUACAAAGGGCAUCAUCGAAGAGGACCACCCACACAAGGAGUGAAGCAGUCUGUAUGAGAAAACUCACUCCUCAUCCGAGUCUGUAGGCGGCAUCUUGCCAACGGUAGAUUCUUCCUCGUCGCUGUCCUCGACGUAUGUGGAUUUCUUGGCGAAUUCUUGGGGCCUGUAACACCAUGUCAGCAUCCUGUACACAUAGCAACCUAUGAUACCCAUGUUCAUACCAGUA